AUGCUGUACGACUCUUCAGUCUUACCAGGGGGGAUCGGGGAAGCUCAGGGACUCUUGUGUGCCAUCGUAUCAUUGGACCAAAACGUGUGGUUCAAGGCGGUCGGCUCCUUGGGCAGCCCUCGUCGUCUGGUUAUGGGUGAGGCGGACGAAACAGAGAGAGAGAGUGAAAGAGAGGGGGGAAAAAAGGCCAAUUGA